AUGAGCUGUGUGGGUAAGAAGCGGUUUCUGGACACCAACGAGGUAUUCCGCGAUUCCAAGCGCAGACUGAUAGACAACUUCUCCGGUCUGAAGAUCGGGAUGAAGGAGGCUGGGGGCAAUAAUAAGUCGCUGUUUGAAAGCGACUAUCUGCCUUAUACCCCUUGCAACCCUCCUUCGAUGGAUAGAGUGAUCAUCUCCAACAUCGAUCAGUUCUUGAGAGAAAACCCGGACCAUCUUGACUUUCUGGACGGAGAUAAGGUCGACUUGGAAAACGUGGAUCUCAAUAAAUUGAUAAUACCCACCGUGUCUGCGGGACAACGAGAAGAUCAGCUCAACAAGUUAUACGACAAGUAUGUUCGCAACAGUGGGGCCCUCGUCAAAUACUAUAACCCAGAGCAGCUCACAUACGAGCGAUUUCUGGACUCGAAGGAUAUGGAGGGGAAAAUUGUGGAGCUGUUGAGCAGUGACGAAGAAGAAGACGACCAGGACGUGGAUAUGGAUGCAGAUUAG